GUUGAGCGUCUGCAGUGAGAGUGUAGCGGCUGGCUGUUUGUCAUGACAGGAGAGGAUUUAACAUUCCUGUGAUCGGGUGUGGAAAUGGAGCAGUCAGAUCCUUCUCCGUUAAAGCGUUUUGUUCAGGCCAAAAAGAAGAUCGGCGAGGUUUUUGAGCAGCUUUUAGUUUACGUUCAGGAGGGAACGGAGUUUGUAAAAGAAACCUGUAAUAAUGAGUCAUUGGAGAAUAUUGCAAACAAGACACAGCUGGAUGAGAUCGAGGCGUACACGAGCCACCUCUUCAAAAUUAAAGAGGUUUUAUCUCGCAAUCACAUGAAGGUGGCCUUUUUCGGCAGAACAAGCAAUGGUAAAAGCACGGUUGUCAACGCGAUGCUGCGUGACCGUGUGCUUCCCAGCGGCAUCGGCCACACCACUAACUGCUUCCUCAGCGUGGAGGGCACGGACGAAGACAAGGCCUUUCUCAAGACCGAAGGGUCCGAGGAGGAGAAAAGCAUCAAGACGGUGAAUCAGUUGGCUCACGCACUACAUAUGGAUGAGAGUCUGGAUGCCGGCUCUCUGGUCAAAGUGUUCUGGCCCAAAACAAAGUGUGCUCUGCUCAGAGACGACCUGGUUCUGGUGGACAGUCCUGGCACUGACGUCACCACACAGCUGGACAGCUGGAUCAAAAAGUUCUGUGAGGACGCGGAUGUGUUUGUGUUGGUGGCCAACUCUGAAUCUACUCUAAUGAACACGGAGAAGCAUUUCUUCCACAAGGUCAAUGAAUGCCUGUCAAAGCCCAACAUCUUCAUCCUGAACAACCGCUGGGACGCUUCUGCUGCCGAACCCGAAUACAUGGAGGACGUGAAUUUACAAAAUAUCUUUACUUAAAGCUGCAGUCCGUAAAUUUUGCCGCACACGGACAGGUGCGUGGACUUCCUGGUGGAGGAGCUGAAGGUUGUGGAUCGCGCACAAGCACCGAAUCGUAUUUUCUUCGUAUCGGCGAAGGAGGUGCUAAACUCGCGGAUGCAGCGGGCGCAGGGUAUGCCAGAGACGGGAGGAGCUUUAGCUGAAGGGUUUCAGGAGCGACUGAAGGAGUUCCAGAACUUUGAGAGAUCGUUUGAGGAGUGUAUCUCGCAUUCAGCAGUGAAAACCAAGUUUGAGCAGCACACAAUCAGAGCAAAGCAGAUCACAGAAACAGUCAGAGACAUCAUGGAUCAAAUCAACAUCGCCGCCGCGGACAAGAGGGUGGUUUCUCUGGAGGAGAGAGAGUAUCUGCUUGACCGACUGGAUUUCGUUCGCAAUCAACUCAACCUGCUCAUCCAGGACAUCAAGAAGAAAAUCAAGGCCAUCACGGAGGAGGUGAAACACAAGGUGUCAGACGCCAUGGCAGAAGAGAUCUGCCGUCUGUCUGUGCUCAUAGACGAGUUUCGUGCAGAUUUCCACCCGUCACCACACGUGCUCAAAAUCUACAAAUCUGAUCUUCUCAGCCACAUCGAGAAGGGCAUGGGCAAGAAUCUGGCCUUCCGCUGUUCUGAUGCAGUAAACGCCUCCGUUCAGUCGUCUCAGCAAAACAUGAUGGAGUGUCUGAUGCCUCUGCUGCCCUCUGCUGCCCAGAGCCAGCUGCACAUGCUCAUUCCCAGCAGGAAGUUUGAGCUCAGCUACGACAUCAACUGUGCCACCCUUUGCUCAGACUUCCAGGAGAACAUCGAGUUCCAGUUCUCCUUAGGCUGGACUGCACUGGUCCACCGUUUCCUAGGUCCCGUCAACGCCAAACGUGCCUUGAUGCUGGUGGAUCAGACCCUACCGCUGACGGUGCCAACCACCCCUUCGGCCCCAGCAGUGGUUCAGUCUCCGGUCCCCAGAUCUCAAGGUCAGAAUCAGCAAUCACUGACGCAGGAAGAACUCAUGAUGUCCAUGGUGAGCAACCUGGCCUCGGUCACUUCCCGCACGUCUAUGAGCGUGAUCAUCGUUGGAGGAGUGGUGUGGCGAACAGUUGGCUGGCGUCUGAUCGCUCUCUCCAUGAGUCUGUAUGGCAUGCUGUACCUGUAUGAAAAACUCACCUGGACCACCAAGGCCAAGGAAAGAGCCCUGAAGAAACAGUUUGUGGAUUACGCCACAGAGAAACUUCAAAUGAUCAUCAGUUUCACCAGCUCAAACUGCAGCCACCAAGUGCAGCAAGAAAUCGGCAGCACAUUCGCUCGACUCUGCCAGCAAGUCGACAUCACCCAGAAGGACCUGGAGAAUGACAUCCAACGCCUCACUGACAAGAUCCAGAAGCUGGAAAGUGUACAUAAGCGAUCCAAAGCGCUUAGACAUAAAGCCACGGCCCUAGAAAAGCAGUUAGAGGAUUUCAGCUCCCAGUAUCUUCGUCCUCAACCCUGAUUCUGUUCACACGGAUACACUGGCUCCUUCCAGAGAGUGAUGUAACUCCUGAAUACUGUUACGCCCUGCUGUUUCGGGAAUUCUCAACUCACCACCAGAUGUUGCAAGGAAUGCAAGGGGAAAAAAUGUUACUAGUAGUUAACACUAAAAUGUGUAUUCUUGAAGUAAAGGUGGUUUCAGUGCGGUUUUGGUUGAGGUUUUCCUGUACAGAGAUUCAGUUUCACUGGUACUGAACUUAAAAACACUAUUUUGUGAACUGUGAAGCUGCCCUAUUAAGCAAAACAUGAGGGUAAAAAGCUGGAAUUUGAAAAUGGAGUCAGUUUUGCUGUUCAGGUUCAGCCUAAUGGAGUCAAAAAAAAUUUCAUACUUAUACUCUGCCUUUUUCACAGAGCCUUUUUAUUCAGAAACAGUUCAUGUCAUCAGACAGGGAAUUCAGAUUUUGUAGAUUUGCCUUUUGAUCACAAAGCCUAUUUUCUAUAUGUUCCUUGGUAGCAGUUUGAAUCAGUAUAACCCAGUGUUAAAAUUCUAUUCUAUUUCUAAACGUAUGUAAAUGUAAUAUCCUGAAAAUAAGUUUCUCCUGUGUAAUAAAAAAA